AUGUCAACUGCUGUGCAGAAUACAACAACUUCCGUUCGACGACUAUAUGUGUUACUAUGUGGAUUUGAAAUUCUUCCUAAAACAGUAUCGACUCGUAAUCUUGGUGCAAAUAUCAUCAUGAGUGAACCAAUUAGUGCCUAUUUACUCGAUACGACUGAAGGCUGGAUACUUGUUGAUAGUGGUAUUGAUGAAACACGUAUUGAUGAUCCAGUAUUAGCCAAAAAAUAUUUUGUUGAUCGCGGUUGGACACGGUCUCCAGUCGUACUUCCGAUACAUCGUUUGAAAUAUCAAUUAUCACUCAUUGGCGUAGAACCAGAAAUGAUCAAUUAUGUUAUAUUGACUCAUACACAUGCUGAUCAUACGGGAAAUUUAAAAUAUUUUCCAAAUGCAAAGAUAUAUAUUCAGCGUCAAGAAUACGAAUAUGCAUUUCAAUCAUCAGAAAAAUUAAGUGGUGCGUGGUUUCGUGAUGAUUAUGACAAUCGACCUGCAACUGAUUGGCUUUUAAUCGAUGGUGAUACGAAUAUUGUACCUGGUUUGGAUUUGAUUUCGACACGUGGUCAUACACCUGGUCAUCAAUCUGUUCGUGUUUUGUUACCAAGUGGAAGAAGUAUAAUUAUGACGGGUGAUGCUGGUGAUUUACUAGAAAAUUAUGAAAAUGAAAUCUUACCUGGAGAAUCCGUUGAUGAUACAGCUGCACUUAAAUCAAUUCGACGAUUGAAUCAAUUAGCAUCGCUACCCAAUACUUGUCUAUUUCUUUGUCAUGACCCAAUUCUUAUACAAACACUAAAACUUUUACCUGAUUAUUAUGAUUAA